AUGGCGGCGUGGGCGGAUGCUUUGCAUGCCGAAGACGUGCGCGCCGCGUGGCUGACCAUGAACUUUCCUGCUUUCCACGGCACCGAUGCAUCAAGUAUUCGCGUGGUCGGUGGGAUAGCCGAGGUGGACGAUGUCGACAUACCUCUCAAGGCAUUCUUUCACCUUCACUCCGUGCACGAAGCCCGCGUCCGCGACGCGCAUGUGCAUGUCCCUCUUCUCAUAGAUGGCUCUUUGCAGCACCUCGUGCUUCCAUUGUAUGCCCAAACAUCGCAGUUGGAUCAAUUCGUGAAUGCAUUUUGCCUCGAACACUCUCUCAUUCCGCUGUACUGCACCACACUACGCCAGCACGCAGCGGCGUAUACGAAUCAUUCGACCAACCGCACGUCCGUCCAAGUGUGUGUGGCGACGUCGGUCGCGUCAUCUCCCCCGUACUGCGUCCCGCUUCCGACGGACACUCUGCGGGCCAUGGAUAGCCUGUCGCACAUCCAAACGACUGACGUUACGAUCCCGCUGCAGCGCUUCCAGCUGCCGCCAAUGGGGACUUUUGUCGUUCGAGCAUGGCUCGACGCAGUGGGAGCGUCCCCAUCCGCACCAAAUCGGCUGUCCCGACCCGUUGCCAAGACACUUCGGAGAGCAGCGUACGCUUGCACCAGUGCCGCGAUGCCGAAGAUGCAAAUCCUGUACCCGCGCAACGGCCAAGUUGUCGCUGCCAGCCUGACGCACGUUUCGGUGUCCCUGCCACGGCUGCUCCUCGACGACCGUGCCUUUUUCACGGUGUGCAUAUCGACAAACCAAGCAAAGCGAACUCUCAUGUACCAUAGCCCGGGCGAUAGUGUAUCUGCCGUGGACGAAUACCCUCCCUUCCGGCCGGCAUACCCUCCACGUUUCAGUCACCACGAGCGCGUCGAAGCGACCUCAGCAGGAUCCGCCAACCUGUUCCAGCGGUACAAAUCUGGAACAAACCCACCACAGCUUGAUCACGCCGCCGUCGUGUGCAUGCCUGUAGGCGUUGAGCACUCGGUCGACUUUGAACUCGACGCGUCCUUGCCGCGCCUGCCGCUGCCGUCGUCGUUGACCCCCACUCUCGUUCCAGAUUUGGUACUGGUCACGGCGGUGUCGCAGUCGUACGUGGACGAAGGUCGUCUGGCCAACCUCGUCGGGUCUCUGCGUGUAUGGGAGCCGUCGUUGACGCUUUACGUGGUUGGGCUGGAUUUACAUCCGGCGACAGAAGCGAUGGUCCAAAUGUGGCCACAGGUGCACUACAUGCCUUUCGAUGCGCUCGCCAACGGCCUUCCACGGCAUGUGUUUGAGUUCCGGCGCACGUAUGCGUUCAAGCCGAUCGUGAUUGCCCAUUUCGUGGGCGCUCUCUCCACUCGUGUGCUGUGGGUGGAUGCAAACGUGGAGCUGCGCCGUCCGCUGGAUCGCAUUCGUAGAGCGAUGGCGGUCGACGGGCACUUUUUCACGGUCCAAGGAGCGACGUUUCCCUUGGCUGCCAACAAUCACCCUAUCACGUUGGCGCACUUUUCAUGCCCCCAACACGGGAACGCAUUAUUUCAAUGCUGGUGGUCUGGCCUGCAAGGGUACACCCGAGGCGGUGUCGCAGCCAUCCAUUUGUUGGCGCCCAUGGUCGCGUGUGCGAUGAACGAGACGUGUUUUGCCCCGCCAUCCAGUCGAUACCCCGACCAGACCGUGCUGAAUGCCGCCGUCUGCGGGUUCUCGCAUGACCUUGCCUCGACCAUCUCAGUCCAUCCAGGGUUAGAAUUCUGGCUGUCGUCGUCGCUGGAUGACAGCAACCAACCCCUUCAACCGACGCCGGAUGAAGUCGACUGGAACGACGUCGUUUUCUUCACACGGCGAGAAGUCCCUGCCAAACCAUACGCAGGCUACGUCUAGGCUCGAUUUUUCCCGCGCGAUCGCAUGGUCUCACGCGUUGUCCCUUUGGCGCAACGAGUCAUUUUCCCCGUAGAGGACAGUGCCAGGCGCGCGAGCCAUGGCGAACUCUUUCAACGGCGCUCUAAACAAGUUGGCUUCGUGCAUAUUUGCGUGUUGCGCUUCGUGUCGAGCGAGCCGGAACCAAGUCCGGGGUACAUGACGUUGCCAUGCAGCCCAUGUUAGAACGUGAAAAAAAUCUAAAUACAUCAUGCAACGGGGUCAGCGCACCGUGCGUGCUUUUCACCAGCCCUUCCACAUCUCGAUGAGGCGAACGAUCUCGGCGGCCGUCGGUCGGUCGCGCGGCGACGUCGACAAGCACUGCAUCGCCAAAUCCUUGACGAGUUUCGGGCACGAGUCGUUGAAGGUCGGGCGGAGGCCCUGCGUCGUCACACGCUGGACAAUUGUCAUGGCCGGCACGCCCUUCAGGUUGGCGUACGGAAUGUUGUGUGUAUCUACACAAAGCACUCAUGACCGCGACGGCACCACGGUCAGCGCUUACCGAGCUCGUUUAGCACACACCCAAACGAGUACACGUCGGCCAGUUCCGAGUACCGAUGGCCGCUGAGCACUUCUGGCGCGGUCCAGUACGAUGUCCCGACGCCCGCCGUCAUGGUGUCGUCGGUGGUGCGUUCCUUUGAAAUGCCAAAGUCGGACAGCUUGGCUUCCAGUUGGUCCGACACAAGCACGUUCUUGGCUUUCAGAUCACGAUGAAUGAUCUUGUUCGGGACGAGCGCAUGGAGGUAUGCGAGCGCGCGGGCAAUGCCGACGGCCAGCACGAGCUUCUCGUUCCAGUUGGUCUUGGGGUGGGCCACAAGAUACGACCCUAGAUCGCCGUGCUGCAUGUACUCGACGACACAGCACAUGUUUUGCAGCGUAUUCCAUGCAAAACCGAUAAAGGUCACGAUGUUUGGGUGGCUCAGCGACGCCAUCAGUCGAAUCUCCUCGGCAAAACACUCGAGCUCGGUUUCGUCGUUCCGCUUGGCGUCCAGAAUUUUCUUGAUCGCGACCGUCAUGCCGUCGUAGGACCCGAUCCAGACUUCGCCGAACGCGCCUUUGGAUAGCAUCCGCGUCUGUACGACCGACGAGUACGGCAGGCGCCGUGUGCACAGGUAGGCGUCGACUUGGAAGCUGUUGAGCUUGGACGAGUUGGUCUGAAUCGGCUGGGCUGCGGCAUGGUGCGAUCGCGGUUGGCCCGAGCUGUUUUGUAAGCUGCUGUUGUACAUUGCUGUGGUGGUGGUGGGUGUGCCGUCGUUGUCGUUGAUGGCGUCAGCGCGAGCCUUGCGACGACGCAGGAUAAAGCACAGCAGCCCACACGCGACAA